AUGCUCGCUGUAUUAUCAGGAGCAGCAGCACAUGCAGCAGCAGCACCACUUCCAGCAGUAGCACGUGCAGCAGCAAGACUUGCAGCAGCAGCAACAGCAGCACCACUUCCAGCAGCAGCACUAGCACUUGCAGCAGCAGUAGCAGGACUAGGAGUUGCAGCAGCAGCACUAGGAGUUGCACCAGCAGCACUAGGAGUUGCAGCAAGUGCAGCAGCAGCACUAGGAGUUGCAGCAAGUGCAGCAGGUGCAGCAGCAAGCGCAGCAGGACUAGGAGUUGCACCAGCAGCACUAGGAGGUGCAGCAGCAGCCCUAGGAGUUGCAGGAAGUGCAGCAGCAAGGCAGCAGGAGGUGCAGCAGCAAGUGCAGCAGCAGGAGGUGCAGCAUCAGCAAGUGCAGCAGCAGGAGGUGCAUCAGGAAGUGCAGCAGCAGGAGGUGCAGCAUCAGCAAGUGCAGCAGCAGGAGGUGCAGCAGCAGCAAGUGCAGCAGCAGGAGGUGCAGCAUCAGCAAGUGCAGCAGCAGGAGGUGCAGCAGCAGCAGGAGGUGCAGCAGCAGGAGCAAGUGCAGCAGCAGCAAGUGCAGCAUCAGCAAGUGCAGCAGCAGCAUGAGGUGCAGCAGCAGGAGGUGCAGCAGCAGGAGCAAGUGCAGCAGCAGGAGGAAGUGCAGCAGGAGGAGGUGCAGCAGGGUGAAUAA